AUGCCUCCCAAAAUCCCUUUCCCCUACAUUCUGUUCUUUCUCUGGAUCGAGCCCGCCUCGACUCUGGUCGGCGCCUUUUACGCGUGGUUCAAACCAUCCACCUACCUCGAGCUGCAGCAUGCUGCAUCUGCGCCCUCCAUCUUAGGUCUGCCACUGGGGACCAACGUGGUCCUGCGUCAACUGGGCAAUCUCUACCUUGCCUUUGCCUUUAAUGAAGCGCUUGUUCUUCGAGCCACCAAUGACCUCAACGUCUGGCGGGUCUUGUUGCUCGGACUCCUGAUUGCCGACUUUGGCCAUCUAUACAGUUGCCUCCCUCUUGGUGUCACCGCCUAUUACGACAUCUACAAUUGGAAUGGAAUUGACUAUGGGAAUUUCCUUUUUGUCUAUGUUGGUGCCUUGACUAGAAUCUGUUUCUUGUCUGGUGUGGGAUUCUCUUCCUCUGCCAAGAAGCCAAAGUCAAAGGCCAAAAAGACGGUUCGAAUCCAAGAUGUCAGCGAUAACAAUGAUAUCAACACGACUGAACCGCUCUUUACUCCCACUCAGUUGAGCAAAUCUCCAGCUCAAAGCACCAGAAGGAGAAAGAAUAAAAAGUGAGACUGAGGGUUUGGUGCGAUUCGCCGCGCCACCUCGAGACUGAUUGAUGUGACUUUAUCUCCACAUUUCCACCUGUCUUUUUGCGAUCUAACUUACAACAUUGCCGUCUGGAAUCAUGGGUCAUAUUUGCUUGUUCAAGUGAAUUCAACAAUCAAGGCUACAUACCAUCCGAACCAUCGAGUUUCCAGUCGCUGUUACACGCGCCGAGCCAAUCUCGGACGGACCAAUUUGGGUGAGAUCAAGCAACGCAGCUUUCCGCAAGUCACGGCCUGAAAAGUUCAUAUUCAUCACCACUCCUGCCUUUCAUUGACCCUUUCGCUCUCGUUUCCAAUCGUAAAUCAACCUGCUGCUGCGAUAGCCACCACUGCCAACCUCUUGCCGCCCGACUUAUCCUCAGGGAUGUCCCAGAACCCAGUGGUCUGGCCAGCGAUCUCUGCGUCGUUGUGCUUGCCAUGACAGACACAGUUCCUGACGCUAUCAUACAGACCAGCUAGCUCCUCGUCCUUUUCGCCGCCAAUCAAUUCUCUCACAUCGACGUCCACGGGCAGUUGUGGC